CGAAGGCGAGCGCGAGAGAAAGCUCAAGCCACUUCCCAACCCGCUCCCCCCUCGCCGCGAUUUCCUCACAUGGCAGCGCUGCGUCUCCGCGAGUCACUCGAGAGGAACAGCCCCUCCUCCUGCUUCUCCGACCCCUGUCCCUGCGCCGCCAACACGCGCCGCCCCUGUUCCGAUCUCGCCGCCCCCGCCGCUGGGCCCUUCUCGUCCCUCCGCGUCCAUCGCCCCUGCUCCUGAUCCGGCUCUCUUCUUCCUCCCUUCUCGCGCCGUAGAUUGCAGCCGCGGCUCUGAUUCUGCUCCCGCCGUUUGUCUCGCGGUCGCGGGUUCCUGGGAGCUUCUGGGUUCUGGCUCCGUCCCUAACCGGUGUUGCCAUGGGGAAGAGCAAGAAGAGCAAGGCCCGCGGCGGCGGGGACGACCUGAUCGACAGCAGCGACGCCGACAGCGUCGGCUCGUCGUCCACCGCGCUGUCGGAUCUCUCCAUCUCGUACGCCACCGAGCACGUCAACUCGCAGGAGUUCGUCCUCGACAAGUACAUCGACGCGCUCUACGAGAAGAGGGGAUCUACAAGAGAGGCAGCAUUGGUUAAACUCGUUGAUGCCUUCGAAAGUUUUAUGCUCCAUGGCCUUGUGGAGAACAGGUAUGCCACUUUGCUGAGUCAAUUCAACAAUUCUGUCAAAAAGGGAUCUACUAAGGAGUUUUUUCUGGCAUCUCAUGCCAUUGGGUUACUGGCUAUUACACUUGGUGCUGGGAACAGUUCACAUGAAAUAAUGGAGGAGUCACAUCCCCAACUGUGUAGGGUGCUUCAAGCUUGGUCCGAUGCAUCAAAGAUGAUACCUGCACUUGAUUGUUUGGCUGUCAUCACCUUUGUUGGCGCAACUGAUCUGGCUGAAACAGAGUCAUCUUUGAAAGCCAUGUGGGAUGUGAUUCAUCCAAAAUCUGGUUCAAAUGUGGGAACUGUUCGGAAACCUAGACCUCCUGUGUUAGCAGCUGCUGUAUCUGCAUGGACGUUUCUUUUGACUACUGUUGGUUCAUGGAGGAUAAAUACUGAUAGUUGGAAAGAGCCCAUUGCAUUUCUCUCUACUCUUUUGGAAGCAGAUGAUCGUGCUGUUAGAAUGGCUGCUGGUGAAGCAUUGGUUUUGUGCUUUGAGCUAAAUCUGCUUGAUGUUUCUUCUUGUGAGGAUGGUGAUGUUAACACAGGGGGAACUGGUGGUUCUAAGAACAAGCUUUUCCUGGAUAUGCAAGCAUUAAAAGCCAAAAUAUCAGGUCUGGCCUCGAAUCUCUCUGCUGAGGCUGGGGGGAAAGGUGCAGAUAAGAAGAACCUUACUGACCAAAGAGACUUGUUUCAACGAAUCUUAGAUUUUGUCAAGUAUGGUGACUGCCCUGAAGAAUCAAUCAAGAUUGCUGGAAAACGUGAUGUUUUAAGGGUGUCAUCGUGGUCUGAAUUAAUCCAGUUGAAUUUCUUAAAGCGGUUCCUGGGGAAAGGCUUUCUGAAGCAUGUGCAGGAGAAUGGACUUCUCCAGGAUAUCUUUGACAUUAAGGUUGACAAAACUGAAACCUUGUCGUCCACUGAUAAGAAAAUUUUUAGGUCCGAAGAGGAAAAAGAAAGAGCUCUGAGAUUAAACAAGGAACGUCGUCUAGCCCAGGUAAGGAAGAAUGCCGUCAUGUUGGAUGAGUAACAAGGUCACGAGGAAGGGAAAACAACAUCGAUUUCUGUAUCUCAUUUCAUCCGGGCCUUUGUCUCUGCCUGUGUAAACUAUUACAGGCACAUCCCAUUGUCUUUGCCUUUGUCUUUAAGGAUACUGGAGUUUUAUAGUGCAUCUAACCGAUAUGCAAGUUCGUGCAUAUUGAACGUUAGUAUGAUUUGUGGGAAUAGUUAAGUUGAUUUGGAGUUUAGUAUAGUAAGAACUAAGGUUGAUUAAAUGUAACGUAUGUAUGAAAUGUAAUGUAAGUGUAAUGAUUUAUACUGGAGGACGGGUGGUAACAAAUUUGAAUAGAAUGAUAUCAAUUCCU